AUGGCCCUCCUGACACACCUGCUCGUCUGCACCUUCGGGAUGGGCUCCUGGGUGGCCAUCAACGGGAUCUGGGUCGAGCUGCCCCUGCUGGUGGCGGAGCUGCCCGAGGGCUGGAACCUGCCCUCCUACCUCACGGUGACCAUCCAGCUGGCCAACAUCGGGCCCCUCCUCUUCACGCUGCUCCAUCACUUCCGGCCGGGCUACGUGUCCGAGGUGCCCGUCAUCUUCGCCGUGCUGGGCGUGGGCACCGUCGCCUGCGCCCUCUUCGCCUUCCUCUGGAACGUCACCUCCUGGGUGCAGGGCGGCCGCCACAGCAUCACCUUCAUGGUGCUCACCUUCUUCCUGGCCCUGGUGGACUGCACCUCCUCCGUCACCUUCCUGCCCUUCAUGAGCCAGCUGUCCUCCCACUACCUCACCACCUACUUUGUGGGCGAGGGGCUCAGCGGCCUCCUGCCCGCCCUGGUGGCUCUUGCCCAGGGCUCGGGCCUCACCACCUGCGUCAACGUCACCGACACACCUGACAACGCCUCCAGCCCCAGCACCCUGAGGAUGAUCGACCUCCCCCAGGGACAUGCCAGCACUCCUGCGCCUGGCCUCACCGGGGCCGCGCUCACCGGUGUCCACCUGGAAAGCCGCUACCUCCCCGCCCACUUCUCACCCCUGGUCUUCUUCCUGCUGCUCUCCGUCAUGAUGGCCGGCUCCCUCCUCGCCUUCUUCCUGCUCCAGCGUCCCCCCAGGCGCUGUAAGACCUCCACCGAAGACCUGCUCACCUCCCAGGUCACCCUCUACUCCAUCCGGCCCCUGGAGGAGGACCAGGGCCCCGCAGGCCCGGCGGACGGCGGCGGGGGCCCGGAGCCCGCGGAGGAGAAGGCAGCCCCCCGCUACCCGGCCCGCCUGCUCUUCAUCUACGGCCUGGUGGCCUUCGUGAACGCGCUCACCAACGGCGUGCUGCCCUCCGUGCAGACCUACUCCUGCCUGUCCUACGGGCCGGUGGCCUACCACUUGUCCGCCGCCCUCAGCGCCAUGGCCAACCCGCUGGCCUGCUUCCUCUCCAUGUUCCUGCCCAGCAGGUCUCUGCUCUUCCUGGGGGUCCUCACCGUCCUUGGGACCGGCUUUGGGGCCUACAACAUGGCUAUGGCGGUGAUGAGCCCCUGCCCCCUCCUGCAGGGCCACUGGAGCGGAGAAGUCGCCAUCGUGGCCUCGUGGGUGCUUUUCAUCGGCUGCCUGAGCUAUGUCAAGGUGAUGCUGGGCGUGAUCCUGCGCGACCGUAGCCGCAGCGCCCUCUUGUGGUGUGGGGCGGCGGUGCAGCUGGGCUCGCUGCUGGGAGCUCUGCUCAUGUUCCCGCUGGUCAACGUGUGGCGGCUCUUCUCCUCGGCAGACUUCUGCAGCCUGCAGUGCCCCGCCUAG